AUGCAAGACAAGGCGGUCAACCACAGAGUUAAACUAAUGUUGCAUGCAUUCAAGUCGGAGCAACAAAUUGGUGAGAAGGAAGAGGAGGAUUCAUCACUCAAUCAGAAAUCUUUUUCUUCUUCAAGAAACGAGUCUUCCUCCUCUUCCUCCUCCUCAUCAUCAGUGGAGGAAAACUAUUGGGAGGACCUUCAAACCUAUUCAAACAAAUUAAAAGAAAUAAUGAUGAGGAAAAUUCCAAAGAGAGAAAAAGGCUUUUCUUGCAUGAAUUUUGGAUUCCAUUCGCAACUAUCUGUUUCUAGAAAUGAGCUAGAACGCUAUCAUGCGAAACAGAUUGGAAUUUCCUAUCAUCAGGGUGUCAUUUUAGUGAAUGUGUAUUCCUGGAAUAGGUCAUUACCAGAUGCCAUUCAGGUGUUUGAUUUGUAUUCACGAGAAUUUAAACAGUCCAUUGUGUUUGAAAAAGUCAAAAACAAAUCUCUUCUCUUUAGAAUUGAAGAAAAUUAUGAUGGAAUGCAUAAUGAUGCUCUUCUUCUUGCAGACGCACAUACCAUUUCAAAAUAUGCUUUAAAAACAUUUUUGAAUUGUAAAAAUGAGGGUGAAUUAACAAGUUCAUUUAUUUGGAGAAAUGAAAAAUCAUGUUCAUGUAUCAUAGAUUGGAUAACUAUUUUACCAUCAGAAAAGCAAGUCUAUAUUUGUGCAAGCCAUAUUGUUGUCUUGAACCUGGAAAGUGGUGAAUGCAUUCGAACAUUUGAACUUGGAGAGCAUGCCCAAUUUCUUCGUCGUAUUGAAUUUAUGGACUCUGAGACCAUGAUUGUUUUUCACAGAGGAGCUUCAAUUUUCCAAAAGGAUCAAGAACAAACAUGGAAGAAAAUUCAAGAUUUAAAGCAGACCUCAAGUUUCAAAAUGGACAUGGUAUUCUAUGAUUCUCUAUCAAAACUAAUUCUUACCAGCACCGAGAUAUCACAAGACCUUUCAAUUUAUAACCAGGAUGGGCAAUUGUUGAAAUCCAUCAUAACCCAAGAUAUUACUCAAAAAAUCAAGCUUCCUCGUGGUAUGUGUGUUAAUUUUUUAACAGGCGAACUGUUGCUGUGUCUCGAUGAUCUUGUUGUGAGCUUGUUGUGA